GGCGAGCUAUGGUUAAAUUCCUGACAUACGUACCCGCAGCACUAACAAGAUCUUCGACGCUUGUAUUCAGCUGUGCUACCCACUUGUGUGUUACAAGAUAAAUAAUAAAUAGGGCGUAUUCGCUGUCUCAAGUCUAUAACGCAGGAAAAAUGUCUUCAGUUUCGCUCGUAACGCAACUUGAUCCUCUUAUCCAAAUUGAUGCGUUGCAAUCAUCAAAACCGCUCUAUCAUGAUGCCCUCCAUCAUCUUAACACUCUGCGCACAAACUUCGAGUCACAACAACACAUGAUGAGAGUUCAAGAUCGAAGCAUUCUUUUGAAGCAAAUGGAAGAGUGGUGUGAAGGAAUAGGAUAUCAGCCUGCUGACUUCGAUGUGUUAAACGCAAUUCACAUUGCCGGAUCUAAAGGUAAGGGUUCCACGGCAUCAUUUAUCUUCUCGAUAUUAUCCGAAUAUUUAAGCGAUGGAUGUGACCCUGGAGAGAAAAGACCAGCUUCCUUGAGAAAAAUUGGGAUGCAUACAUCGCCGCAUAUGCGUACUGUGCGAGAGCGUAUUCGAAUUCGACAGUCACAGUCAACGGCUUUCACCGAUACCCCUCUUGAAGAAAAGAAAUUUGUGCAGUAUUCUUCAGAGAUAUGGGAUCGCUUGGAUUUAGAUAGCCGAGAACCCACUCAGAGUCCACCAUUUGGGAAAUUUGUCACAAUGAUGAGUCUCCAUACAUUUAUGCAAGAGAAAGUUGAUACGGCCGUGAUAGAAGUCGGUAUUGGGGGACGCCAUGACUCAACCAAUAUCCUCCGUCAACCUAGUGUCUGCGCUAUAACUAGUUUGGGAAUAGAGCAUACCGAUCUACUUGGUUCCACGAUAGAGGAUAUUGCAUGGGCUAAGGGAGGUAUCAUGAAAAAAGGAGUUCCUGUGUUUACGGCGUCACAAGAACCAGCAGCCAUGGCUGUUUUGGAAGCUGUAGCAGUUAAUGAAGGCGCAGAUCUACAUGUCGUUACGCCACAUCCAGAUCUUGAGUCCAUCGAGCUUGGUCUUCAAGGUGAUUUCCAACGCAUAAAUGCUAGCUUGGCGGUGGCAGUAGUCGCAAAGCAUCUUUCCCGCAUGGGAUUUAGUGGUAUUACAGACACAGCGACAUUAAUGCGGUCUCCACUACCCGAGAAGUUUCGUCGGGGUCUGGAAAAAGCACAAUGGCCCGGGCGAUGUGAGACGCGGCACAAUCACGGAAUCCGUUGGCUACUGGACGGUGCUCAUACCUUAGAAAGUAUUGGAGUUUUGGGGCCUUGGGUAGUCAAAAACAUGACAGCACAGAAACAAGCUCGGCGUGUUCUUAUAUUUAAUCAACAAAUCAAGGAUGCAAAGGCGCUACUCCAUCAUCUUUGGCAGGUCAUGACGUCAUCGUCUUCGCAGUUCGCUUGUGGGGAGCCGCUUUUUCAUCAAGCGAUCUUUUGUACAAAUACUCUGUGGGAAGGGAAUUCAGCUCCCGAUAUUGAACGUGUCUCUAUGACAUACUCAGGAGGUUCGAUUCAAGAUCUUAAAGUACAACAUGAAUCGGCAACGUACUGGGCUGAGAUUAGUGGAGGAGAAUCCGCAGUGACCGUUGUACGGACUGUCGAAGAGGCUAUUCGAUGUGCAGCUCAUGGUUAUGGUGAUAACAAUUGUGAAAGAAAAUAUGGUGAUGAAGCGGUAGUGUUGAUUACUGGAAGUCUUCAUCUAGUGGGAGGUGCUCUGGAGUUCUUGGAUACGUUUACUUGAUUAGAAAAUUACAUAAUCCGAUUUUAGUGAGCUAAAGGAACAUGGCUAUAGAGUGCCUUUGGCGCCCUCUUUGAUACUUAU